UUGGAAAGAAGCUGCACCAUCUCAAAAACCAAGGUAGUCCAAUUUUAGUAUCAUGGAAAGUAUUGAAAUCAAAUCUCCAGCAACAAUGCAGAAGCAAAUAACAGUAGUAAACAAGCAUGGCCAAAAACUUGAUGGUUUGUUACAUGACACUGGAUCAACCAACAUCGUUGUCUUAUGCCACGCUUUUCGAUCUAACAAGGAGCACUUUGCAAUGGUCAAGCUUGCUGGGGCUUUGGAAGCUGAAGGAGUCACUGCAUUUCGCUUUGAUUUUUCUAUAACUGAGUACACUGAAGACUCUUAUUAUAGUGGUAACUACGAUAGUGAAAUUGAAGACUUGAGAGCUGUGGUUGAAUACUUCUCUACAGUAAACCGUCCGGUUGCUGCAGUUCUUGGCCAUAGUAAAGGUGCCAAUAUUGUCCUUGAAUAUGCAUCUAAAUAUCACAAUGUAGGUGCUGUGAUGAAUGUCUCGGGCCGUUAUGAUCCGUGGCACAUCAACCUUAAAAAUAGAAAUGCAACCUCGGAGGAAGAAGUGAAAGAUGUUAAGCAGCUGAAUAGUAGCUUUGAUGAAGAAUGGCUUACGAUGGACCCCAAAUGCAAGGUGCUGACGGUUCAUGGCACGGCGGACAACGAUGUGGCGUUGGACGAAGCAUAUGAGAUCGGGAAGGUAGCACCGAACCACCAGCUGAAGUUGGUCGACGGCGCUGACCAUACUUAUGAAUCUCGGCUGGACCAGCUUGCUGCUGCGGUUGUGCCCUUUGCCAAGGAAUGCUGCUUCCCAUCACUUGCCUGAACAAGAUGCAAUCCCAUGUUGUCUCAUUCUUAUUUUGUAUCUUUAAUUCCGGAUUACAUCACCAAAUCUUUAUAAUAUUAAUAAUAAAGCUCAAUUACG